CCGCCUUUCCCUCAUAACGUUUGAUGUUGCUCAGAGUAAGUUGUGGGCAAAGUGAUGUCGUAUUGUCUUGUCAUAUUCUUUAGAAAUGUUUCCGUGUAUGUUACGCACGGUAAUGGUCGAUGAUACGACCACGUGUCCACCUGUUGCGUGUCCACCUGUUUGAAGGGUAGUUUUGAGGCUGUUCCAUUUUGCCUCUGGCGCCAUGUGUGUGCUACUUCCGGCCGCCAUGUUGGAUACAUUCUGUUUUGCUUGUUUAUGAAGAGAGAGAAGACAAUCUGAUGUUUCAUUGUCUUCUGCAGAGGCGGAACCUUCUGGCGGAUAUACCCCCGUGCGGGUUGCGAGCCGGACACAUUGCCGUGACGCACACGCGAAGACGGAAGCGCUCGCGAUGUGGCUGCGGACCGUGCUGCUGCCCCUCCUCCGGCUCUACCUGUGCGGCAUCAGAGUUCUUCUCUAUCAGAUGUUCAACAGGUCGUUCACGCUGCCAGUCUUACCCAAGCAGAAUGGAAGGGUUGCCAUAGUGACGGGGGGUACCCGAGGAAUGGGUUAUGAGACCGCGAGACACCUGGCAGGCCUCGGCAUGCAUGUUGUCAUAGCUGGAAACGAGAGGGAAGAGGGAGCAGCAGCUGUCCGGAGGAUUCAGGAGGAAGACGUCGAGGGGAAAGUGGAGUUCGUCUUCUUGGACCUGACCUCCCUGAAAUGCGUGCGGCAGUUUGCCCGGGCGUUCAAGGACCGAGGUCUCCCGCUCCACGUUCUGCUGAACAACGCCGGCACCAUGAUGGUCCCCGAGAGGCAGACUGAGGACGGCUUCGAGUUCCACUUCACGCUCAACUACCUCGGCCACUUCCUGCUCACCAACCUGCUGCUGGGCACGCUGAAGAGGUCGGGACGCCAUGGCGGCUGCUCCAGAAUCAUCAACAUGUCGUCCGCUACACACUACGCAGGCGUGGUGGACAUGGAGGACUUGAACAGGAGGAUCUGCUACAGUUCCCACGGGGCCUACUCCCAGAGCAAGCUGGCUCUGGUCCUCUUUACCUACUACCUGCAGGAGCAGCUGACGGCCGGCUGCUUCCCGGUGACCGUCAACGCGGUGGACCCUGGCAUGGUGGACACGGCGCUGUACAACAACCUGUGGAGUCUGGCGCAGGCCCUGAAGAGACCGGUGGCCAAGACCCUGUUCAGGACUCCAGCAGAGGGAGCCUCCAUCUCCAUCUACGCCGCGGCGGCCCCCGACAUGGAAGGCGUGGGGGCUUGUUACCUGUACAACAGCCUCAAGACGCAGUCCUCCGACAGCUCCUACGACGCCGAGCUCCAAGCCCGGCUGUGGAAGAAGAGCUGCGAGCUGGUGGGCCUCCAGGGGUAGCACCACCACGGACUCCCUCUGGCUACCUGGCACAGACGGCACCCAAAUCAUCCCACUUUUAUGAAAUGCAAAUAAACAACAAAAUUACAUUUUGAGGGAAAUGUGUUUUCUCCUGGAGGUCGUCAGCACAGGAGUUUUACCAAGGAGACCACAUUCUCUUUUUUUAAUUCAUGCUUAACUUACGUUACUAACUUAUGAAGUUUUUACUAAACCUUAACAAGUCCUUUUAUCGUGCCAUACUUCAUGAAUACCUUACUGGUGAUUAUCUCUAUUUGUGAUUUUAAUGUGAUUCAUGAGUUAGUGUUCAGUCACAACAUAAUCUGGGACUGACUAUUUAAAUUGAGCCAAAAAUUAUUGAAUGUACAUUAACUUUAUAGCUUAAAGGGCGCAUUGAAUAAGUUUCACUGCAGUCUUUAGAUUUCCUGUUUACGUGCAAUUUUUUUUUUUUUUUGCCUCAAUGAAAAUUAAUGAAUCAACAUUUAUAGUGUUAUGCCUUUUCCAGAUUGUAUUAUUUGAGCCAACAUGUUUACAUUAUAAGAACAGAUUGUGACAGACCUAUUCAUGUGUUAAUAAACAAGUUACUUUGUAUUUUACAUUAAUACUAUGUUUUUCCUGAUCUGAGGUCAAAGCUCAGAGAUGUCAUACAAAUGGUAAAGCCUGUAGAUUAUAUAUAUAUAUACACACACACACGUAUAUAUUGCCUCAGCUGGGGUUAAUCGGUUUGUCUCUUCUCAAUAAAGAGCGAGGAGCGUCA